AUGCAAUUAUUCACGAAAGAAUUUAUAACAAUAUCAAUAACUUUUAUUCCUUCCCAUUUAUUUAUAGUGUCUCUCUACAUUCUUUGUUAUAUUGCUAUUGUGAAACCAGAAUCUCAAACGAUUACUAAAUAUAAUAUUACUCGUGCUGUCUUCAAUCAACUUGAUCGUGAACAUGCUGACACUCUUUCAUGUUCAUGUUCAAAAGUGGAAGUGCCUCUUAAAGCUUUCGUAUCUUAUGAAACCAUAUUUCAUCCUGUUUGUAACAGUAUUUUUGUCAAUCAACAAUGGAUUCAAACAUUGUAUUUUGAAAAUGCAAGUAGAUAUGGAACAGGAGACUUUCGAACAACAGCUUAUUCUCAAGUGAGUGCAUUUCUUACUAUUUUACUCUUCACUUCAUUGAGCACUAAAAUUGCUACAACACGUGUAAUUCAUCCAUCGUUAACUACUUAUAAGAAUUUAGAAAUUCAACAUUCAGAAACACUGAGAUGUCCAUGUUCUAAUAUGAUAAUAUCUCAUGGGACAUUCAUUACAUUAUCUCCAGUCGUACAUCAAAUAUGUUCAAGUGAUUUUGUUACUGAUGAAUGGCUUUCAAUAAUGCAAAACGACAAACGCAGAUUAGAUUCUCUAGAUUGGCGCAAUAAAGCUUUCUCAAAAUUUUCUUUAUUAUCUAAUCUUUGUCGGCUAGCUAAUAAAACAAUCAGCGACGCUAUACAUCGUUUCCUCUUGCAACCUUUCAUUGCUUCGAAUGCACUAAGUGAAUCAGACUUCGAUUUACAAUUAAAUGCAAUUCUCGAUCGAUUCUUUCAAUCGACAAUUUUAUACUUUGGUCUUCUUCUUGAAACAGAACGAAUCCUUACUCAAGUUGAUCAGCCUUAUAUUGGAUCAGACAUAUCUCCUUUUCAGCCUUCCGAUCCAGAUGAAAAUGUUAUUGGAGAUUUUACCAAAAAUGUAACGAAUAACAAAUAUACAGCUAAGCUACUGUUUAAACUGGCUGGACCUCGUGGUACGGAUCCGACAUCCACCGGCUGUAUCUGUGCUGUUGAUAUUUAUUGUCAAGUUCCGGCGUUUGUUUUCUAUCUUGUGACAGGUGUAGGUCCUGUCUAUUAUAACGUAUCAGGCUCGGUUGUAGCUUGUUCAGCUACUAAUUCACUAAUGCUUUCGACGCUUGAGUGCUAUUAUAAUGACUCAGAUUGUUUCUCCAUUCUAAUGAGUUCCAUUAAAGACUAUUAUAUUUUUAAUAAUGUACACGAAUUACAAUUUAUUGUUCGUCCUCUUGUUUAUAAUUCAACAUCAAGUCGUUUUCCUCCAAAUACAUCAAUUUCUAAAAUAAUCAAAAACAUGACAGUCGAACAAUGGAAUCCAUCUUAUUCAUAUAAUCGAUUUUACAAUUCAUGUGCACCAAGCUUCUGUACUUAUUCCAAGCAAAUUCGCAUAAAAACAAUCGUUGAAGUGAUCAUAGCAAUGAUAUCAAUGAUCGGUGGUCUUAUUUUGGCAUUACGACUUAUUACACCUCUGCUACUACGAGAUUUUGGUAGUAAUGUUGACCAUUUAACUGCUAAACGUCUUGGUCAAUGGGCUACUCGUUUAUAUAUAAUUUUAUUCUUGGUUACUCUUAUUAGUAUAAUGUUCUAUAAUAUUGGUCAGGAGACAUAUACAAAAACGUUUGAUAAACCUUCUAUGAAUUGGACCAAGCAGUUAUAUAUACAAUAUGGGGACGAAUUGAAAUGUCCAUGUUCAUCAAUUGCAUCAACAUACGAACGAUUUGUUAAAAUCAAACCAGUAUUUCAUGAGAUUUGUUCAAGUCCAUUUGCUUCAGAAGAAGGACGAGCCAAUCUUACAGCUAAUCUUAUUUAUUAUUUUUCAUUUUAUUCACUGAAAGAUUAUCGCCGUUUUCUUUCUGCUCAUUUACAAUUUCUUCAAGGAUUAUGUGAACUUUCUAAUCAAGCAACAAACAUUUCUAUUCAAGGAUUUCUCUCCUCACUAUUUUCUACUACUGAAAUUUUAUCAGAGGAAAAUUUUCAUACACUACUCAAUUCGAUAAUCAAACAAAAUGAGUUAAAUCCUUCAACAACAAUCACUGAUCUUCUCUUCGUAAUUCGAAAUAUCUAUCAUGGAAAUGCCAUUAUAUCACUAUAUGGAACAAACUUUGAAUAUAUUGCUCCUUGGGACGACAUAAUCGACACUUACCUACCUACACAAGCUUUGAUCUAUGACGAUGAGUGUUCCUGUGGAUUGCAUCUCAAUUGUACAACUCAAGCAACGUUUAUUAAUAUAAUUCCUUCAAAGAGCAUUUCGAUCAAAGGUCUAAAAAUCGGUUGUACUCCAAGUGAAUCAUUUCGUGCUUCAACGCUUGAGUGCUUCUAUAAUCAAUCAUGCAUAGAUCUCGUCCAACAAAUUACUAAUCAACCAAGUCGAAUCAAUUUAACGAAUUCUUUGAAGUCUCUCUCAACAAAUAAGAGUCGAUUUUCAAUAAAUACUACAAUAGGUGAACUUAUCAAUAAUCUCUUCAUUGAACAAUGGAACACAACAAUUAAUUAUACAUCGUAUUUUGAACGAUGUUUACCCUUGUUAUGUUCAUACACUUAUAUUCAACAAUCCAGUUUUCUCUCUAUAAUGACUCAUUUGCUUACUCUUCAAGGUGGAUUAGCAAUUUUACUUCGCUGGAUUUGUCCGAAAAUAGUUCAAAUUGUAUUUAAAGUGUAUCGAUAUCGAAAAAGACGUAUAAACACUAUUCAACCUGCUGACUUAGCUGAUACUGGAACAAUAGAAAACAUUAACACAAUUACUCAAAGUUCUCCUUCAAAUUCAGAAGUAACAACAACGGCUACAACAACUCCACCAAAUUCCGUUUUAUCAACUCGAUAUAUUCUCAAGAUUGCCUUAAUAUGUGUACUGUUAUUAUGUGUAAUAAUAGCUCUCAUAAUAUUCUCUAUUGUUAUUGCUCAACGAAACAAGAACCAAGCUUGUCAGUUAAAAAUUCAACCAAUAACAAUCGAAAGACAAUGGCUUCUUGAGUCUAUAGAUGACCACGCUAUUGCUGAUUUUAACGGUGAUGAUCGACUCGAUAUAGCUUUCAUGGAUUCUGAACGAUCGAGCAUGAAUGUGCUACUUGGGAAUGGCAAUGCGACUUUUGGAGCUAGAAUUAUAUCUCUAAAAAAUCAAACUCAUGAUUUACGCAAAUUAUAUGUCAGCGAUUUUAAUAAUGAUCGUAAACUUGACCUUGCUGCUAUCAAUCCUAAUAAAGACUAUAUAGCUGUUUUUUUUGGAAACGGUGAUGGAAAUUUUGAAAUAAAAACUAAGCUCGACCUUAGAACCAACUACCGUCCAUUAGCAAUGACUAUAGCGGACUUUAAUAACGACAACUACUCCGAUAUUGCUGUCAUAGUUCCUACGUCCAGUAGCAUUCAUGUGUUCCUAGGCAAGGGUAAUGGAGAUUUUUUAGAGUACCCGCUAUUAGAUCUUAUGCCAAGAAGUUAUCCAGUAAAACUUGUUGUUGCUGAUUUUAAUUGUGAUAAUCGUCAAGAUAUUGCUGUCGUCAGUCAAGUUGCUAAAACUAUUGAUGUAUUCAUUGGACGUGGUGAUGGACGUUUUGAAAUGGAAAAGACGUCUUUUGCUGGAGAUGGUGAACAUCGACUAAUUGAUCUGGCUGUCGGUGAUUUCAAUAAGGAUAAUAUACCAGACGUUAUUGUAUCCUAUCAUAGCAUAAAUCAUACUAACGUGAUUUUUGGAUAUGGUAACGGGACUUUAGGUAAUAAAAAGAGGUUUACCAUAGGAGAUUAUUCAGAAACUAAUCAAAUGGUUGUUCGUGAUUUCAAUAAUGAUCAAUAUCUAGAUAUCGGCUUUGGUAGAGAAGGCAAAUCAUUAAAUGUGUUACUUGGAUCUGGGGACGGAAAUUUCGAACUACAAACGGCAUUUCAAAUAAGAUUCAUCACUGGAAACAUUUGGAUCGGUACUGGUGACUUUAAUGGCGAUGGCCACGAAGAUAUAAUCUGCGCAAAUGACAUGGAUCGAUUGUAUGAUGUUCUCUUAUUAACAUGUGAAUGA